AUGGCGAUGGCGAUGGCGAACAUCAUGGCGUCGGCCGCUCUGUUGCCGUGCUUCGAAGGCCUGCGGGCGCAGAGCUUGACCCAGAAACCCGCAGCCUCGGCAGCCUCCACGAGCGGCAGCCCUGCGUAUCAGCCCCUCGCAGUGGUGGCGGACAAGCGCGUGCAAAAGCGGCGACAGGUCAUCCUCACCGAAGACGUCGAGUACUUGGGCAAGACCGGAGCUCUGCUUGCUGUGAAGACCGGCUACUUUCGCAAUUUUCUGUACCCGACCGGCAAGGCCAAGCUGGCGACGCCGGAGAUUCUGAAGGCCAUCCGGGUGGAGGAGCUGCGGAAGGAGGAGGAGCGGAAGGUGGUGAAGGCGGGCGCCGAGAGCGUGGCGAGGCUGCUGCAGAACGCGGGGAUGUUGACGUUGCGGCGGAAGAGGGGAGGACAAGGGAAGCAGAUAUUCGGGUCGGUGACGUCGCAGGACAUUGUGGACAUCAUCCGGGCGAACACGAAGCAGGAGGUGGACAAGAGGGACGUGACGGUGCCGGAGGUGCGGGAGAUAGGGCAGUACGUGGUGGAGAUAAAGCUGCACCCCGAGGUGACAGCGCAGGUGAAGAUCAAUGUGGUCGGGCAGUAGUGAUGCGCGCUCCUCGAUUUCGCUCAUCUUCCUCCUUUUUCUUACUGCACAGUCGGAGGCAGGAUCUUCUCAGGGCAACGGUUAGGGUUACACAGGUUUUAGGUCAGAACUUCACAUGUUACUCGCGUGAACUCAGUUUUUUCAGGCCUAUGUACUUUUUUUUGGCUUAGAUUUCGCGACUCCUGUUCAGAAUCAAUUUUGAAGGUCCAGGAUUUUCAUGAAUUUUUUCCAGGGUGUUAGGUUUAGGAAUUACUGACUCGAAAAAUUGUUGAAUUGCGUACUCUAAAUUCUAUUUAGCACUCCUUCGAUCCGCUGUGUUUCACUAUUCAACCAGUAUAAGUCCGUAUUGUGGUCCAUGUUUUGGCACUAUUGGUCUUUAUGGAUGUGUCGAGGCAUUAAGAUUAGUUUAGGCUGUGAGGAAGUGACGCAAUUAUUCGAUUUCUUUAAUCUUCAGGCCAGUAAUCUGCUGAAGGUUACUGUACAUAUGACCUCACCCACAUUUUUAGAUCACAGUCUAGGUGUUAAUGUAGAUCAGUCUGUCUUCAACAUGAUACAAGUUUCAUA